AUGCCCAAAUCGUCCUGUGUCUGUUCCUGUCGUCGAAAACGACGAGAGAAAGAGACACGGAUAGUGUACGCGAAUCAUGGUCCGGAGUAUCUCAUUCCCGAGGCGGAUCGUAAAGUUAAAUUCUGCAACAACGCCAUCAUCUCAUCCCGAUACACAUGGUAUAAUUUUGUGCCUAAAAAUCUGUUCGAACAAUUUCACAAUAUGGCCAAUGUGUUUUUUGCCAUGAUCUCAAUUCUCUACGUGUUUGCAAGUCCGACCACGAGUAUAUGGUCCAAUUUGGGUCCACUAAUGGCAAUUCUGGCCAUUAUCAUGGUCAAAGAUGGAGUGGAAGACAUUUUGAGACAUCGUCGUGAUCGAGCUCUAAACCAUAUCCCCGUGAAUGUGCUAGAAGUGAAUUGGACCGAUGAAACUGUCAAAUGGACGCAGAAGAAGGCAAUGAAUUUGUCUGUCGGUGAUGUGAUUAAAUGCGAUCGGGGAAAGGCAUUUCCGUGCGACAUAGUCCUACUGGCUUCGAGUAACACAACCACCGAGGUAAAUGUGACCACGGCCAAUCUGGACGGGGAGUCAAAUAUUAAAAAAUAUUUUGCUGUAGGUGAAACACAAACAAUUUAUCAUCAGGUUGCCAAUCCAGAUUGGCUUGCUGGUCCCAACGGUGCCCUGUUCAGUCAAUUAGCCAAACAGUUGCAUGUUAAAGUGGAAUGUCAACCUCCGUGUGCAGAUCUCACUCGAUUCGAGGGUCGAAUGAGCUCCACUCUUUGGGAUACGGAAGAACCGAUUCCGUUGACGUUUCCCAACCUGGCACUCCGAGGUGCGAAACUGGCCAAUACGGAAUUCGUCCUCGGUUUAGUCGUGUACACCGGUAAAGAUACCAAACUGUCCCUGAAUGGUAAACAAGCAAAACGGAAAUACAGCUCGCGAGAAGCACGGUCCAAUAUCAUUCUGCUUAGUUUCAUCAUCGCCAUGAUAGUCAUCUCCAUCAUUUUUGGCAUUGUGUACACUGUGUGGACCAGUCAGAAUAAAGCGAAUAUGUGGUACCUAUCUAACGCACCACAAACUUCAUGGGAAUUUGUUCAAAACGUGUUUCGUUUUAUUGUGAUUGUGAAUUAUCUUAUUCCGAUUUCUAUCAUAUUCAUCAUCGAAUUUCAACAAAUGUACAUCGCGUUUACCAUAUCCAGUGAUUUGCAAAUGCACGAUCCGGUGGAGGAUCAAGCAAGCAAGGCAAACAGUGCCCAAGUGGCCGACGAAUUGGGACAAGUGGAAUUUUUGUUCAGUGACAAAACUGGCACUCUGACACAGAAUGUGAUGCAACUACGUACCUGUGCUGUACUGCAUCAGAACGGCACCGCGGAUGUGUACGAAUUCGCCCAUGCACAGUCUGAGUACAGUUCAAUUGAUGGGACAAGAUCCCCAUCUCGCGGACGACAUUCGGGUGCUACGGAACGGGAAAGUGUGUUCUCAUCUUCCUCGUCGUCUGAAAAUGAAGAUGAUAAUGAUGAUGCCAGGUACGAGGGGAAGCGGGACUCGAGGAGUGGUGGUAACGGGUCAAGUAGCACUAGUAAAGAGAGUUUCCGGUUGAAUGCAAGAGCACCGAAGCGGAACUAUCUCAAACCGGUAGUGGAACCGAAUGGAACACUGGAAUAUAUUUUAACACUGUUUACACUGUGCCACACAGUAGAAUUAGACGAGAAUCAGGAGGAAGGACAGGUCAUGCCGAAAUAUGAAGCUGCUUCUCCAGACGAAAAAGCUUUGGUCGAGGGUGCCGCGGAGCAUGGUGUGAUCUUCUUACAAUCCAAACCGAUAGAGGGACAAGUCAAUUCCAAAACCUAUCGCAUUGAAUAUCAGCGCACGGAUGAUUUGGACCACGCCCCUCCGGGUCAUUCCAAUUCGACCGGAUCGGCCAAAACGAUCGAGUAUAUUGUGGAUGCCGUGCUUGAGUUCGACUCGACUCGCAAACGAAUGACCGUGAUGACACGAUAUCCGGACGGAACUUGUCACAUUCACAGCAAAGGGGCAGAAACGUCGAUGCUCGACGCGGAGAGCUGUGCCGAAUCUUGUGGAGCAAUUCGUACCAAAGCGAUGCAUUAUGUGAAUGAAUUUGCCUUGGAUGGAUUGCGUACACUGGUCUAUGGGACAAGACAAGUCGAUCGGGCUGAAUACGACCGAUUACUCACGGAGUUGCGUCGUACACGGGGUCUGGUGGGUGAACAGCGUUUGCGUGCCAUGCGUGAAGUGUAUCAGGCGAUAGAAUCUAACCUGGUACCGUGUGCAGUGACCGGUGUUGAAGAUAAAUUACAAGUGGGCGUCAGAGAGUGCCUACAAAGUUUGCGUGAAUCUGGGAUUCAGAUUUGGAUUUUAACUGGAGAUAAAGAAGAGACUGCGGUUACUGUCAGUCAGUCAGCCGGACAUUUCACUCCACAAAUGAGUUUGAUCAGGCUGACCAAUUGUCCAGAUUUCCAUACAGCGGCCUGUUGGUUGUUCGAACAAAUUGAAGGUUUACAGACGAGAUUCGACCUGCGUCUCACUCGUCGUACGCAUACUCAAACCACCCUGGUUCCGCAGUCCACUUCUCGCCGCUCACUGAUCACACCCUCCAUCGAGGAAGUGGGUGAAGUGGUCUUGGCUGCGGCGGAAUGCGAGGAGAAUGCAACUGGUUCCGAGGACAAAGGUUCAGAAACCAAACGACGUCGUUUGACUCGUCGUCUGUUGAGUUUUGUUCGCGGAGGCACGUGGAAAAAGUUGCGUCUGCCUCGGCGCCGACAUACUCAUCGACCUGGUCUUGCUGGCGAACCGAUUGGUUUAGUCAUUGACGGAAAAACAUUGAACUGUGUGCUACAUCCCACCUUGCGUGAUGCCUUUUUGGAUCUGUGCAUGAACGUGACCACCGUGUUGUGCUGUCGAAUGACUCCGCUCCAGAAAGCCUCCAUUGUUCAACUCGUUCAAGCCGGACUGGCACGCAGUUCUAGCGGUGAAGGAAGCACACCGGUGACAGCCGCGGUCGGGGAUGGGGGAAACGAUGUAGCCAUGCUGUUGCAGGCUAAUAUCGGAGUGGGACUAUAUGGGAAGGAGGGUCGAGAAGCUGCCAGAGCCGGGGACUAUAGCUUACCCGGAUUCAGAUACUUGCACCGGUUGUUCCUGCUUCACGGUCACUGGGCCUAUCACCGGCUGACAUUCACCAUGAAUCUGUUCUAUUUUAAAUGUACCGCUCUUGUGACCACGGAACUUCUUUUGCAAUUCUACAGCGGUUUCUCUCAGAUCGCGAACUAUGGGGGCAUACUGUUCGCACUGUUCAACCUGACAAUGACAUCUGUGGCCUGUUUGCUGUACGGUAUGUUUGAGCAGCAUUUGCCUGAACGGGAACUCAUGCUUAGACCGUAUUUAUAUCGUGUGAUCUCACGACAGGCCAAUCUUCGAGCGUGGUUUGUGAUCUUGUGGAUUGUCGAAGGAUUAUGGUUUGCCCUGAUCACAUUCUUUAUAGUCGUGUGUGGUUUGGCUGGGGGAAUGUACUAUGCUCCGGCUAUAUUCAUGGAACCCGGAGUGCCUCCCCGAGCGAUGUACGACUUCUCGCUGGUCGGUGUGGCCAACUACGUUUGUAUCUGGAUUGCGGUUAAUGUGCGCAUUGCGAUCCUGACACGUCACAUGAACUACAUGAUGGUGAUUGGAUUUCUGAUCACCCUAGUGAAUAUUGGGAUCCUGUUCCUCUAUCAAACUACUUGUGGUUAUGAAAGUUUGGAAUAUCUGGCGUUCGUCAAAUUGGCCCGUAGUCCAGCAUUUUGGUUCAGCUUGAUGCUGUCUGUAUUUAUUGCCAAUUUCUCGUCAAUAAUAUGGCGCAUGGCCUCGGACACAUGGUGGACUUCACAGAUCCGUCUGAGCGAAAUUCCCCAACGUAAAAUGCGCAAGAAGAGACGACGAAGUCCACGAUUUUGGUUUGAAUCAUUGGUCGACGGACAACGGGACUACAGACCGAUGGGAAAUAACUGA